GCAAACCCCCUCCUGCUCAGAGCUGCUGCCGCCUGAGCCCAGGGCUGCACCCAGCGCAGGCCUCGUGGCCAGGCCAUGGACCCCACAGAGCCCUGGAGUCCCAGCCCGGGGUCAGGGGCCUGGGACUACUCGGGGUUGGACGGCCUGGAGGAGCUGGAGCUGUGUCCGGCCGGGGACCUGCCCUACGGCUACGUCUACAUCCCUGCACUCUACCUGGCGGCCUUCGCCAUGGGCCUGCUGGGCAACGCCUUUGUGGUGUGGCUGCUGGCCGGGCGGCGCGGCCCACGGCGGCUAGUGGACACCUUCGUGCUGCACUUGGCGGCCGCUGACCUGGGCUUAGUGCUCACACUGCCGCUGUGGGCCGCGGCGGCGGCGCUAGGCGGCCGCUGGCCGUUCGGCGAGGGCCUCUGCAAGCUCAGCAGCUUCGCGCUGGCGGGCACGCGCUGCGCGGGCGCACUGCUGCUGGCUGGCAUGAGCAUGGACCGCUACCUGGCCGUGGUGAAGCUGCUCGAGGCGCGGCCCUUGCGCACCCCGCGCUGCGCGCUGGCCUCGUGCUGCGGCGUCUGGGCCGUGGCGCUGCUGGCUGGCCUGCCCUCCCUGGUCUACCGGGGGCUGCAACCCCUGCCUGGGGGCCACGGCAGCCAGUGCGGGGAGGAGCCCUCCCACACCUUCCAGGGCCUCAGCUUGCUGCUGCUGCUGCUGACCUUCGUGUUGCCCCUGGUCGUCACCCUCUUCUGCUACUGCCGCAUCUCGCGCCGCCUGCGCCGGCCGCCGCACGUGGGUCGGGUCCGGAGGAACUCGCUGCGCAUCAUCUUCGCCAUCGAGAGCACGUUCGUGGGCUCCUGGCUGCCCUUCAGCGCCCUGCGGGCCGUCUUCCACCUGGCGCGUCUGGGGGCGCUGCCGCUGCCGUGCCCCCUGCUGCUGGCGCUGCGCUGGGGCCUCACCAUCGCCACCUGCCUGGCCUUCGUCAACAGCUGCGCCAACCCGCUCAUCUACCUCCUGCUGGACCGCUCAUUCCGAGCCCGGGCGCUGGACGCGGCCUGCGGGCGCACCGGCCGCCUGGCGCGAAGGAUCAGCUCGGCCUCCUCGCUCUCCAGGGACGACAGUUCCGUGUUCCGUUGCCGGGCCCAGGCCGCGAACACUGCCUCGGCCCCCUGGUAGCUGCCCCGGGCCGCUGGAGGUGGCCGACAGCGGAGCACCGAGAGGAGGGGAGAAGUCCCGGGAGGGGACCCAGAUGCGCCUGUUCUGGCGGCAGCAAGCUGCUCCGGCCGGCAUCGCAUUGCCUCGCGCGCUGCCUGGACUCCCAGGGUCUCCUCCAUCAGCUUCCCCGGAACCUCAGAGCAAUUGAACUCCCCUAAACCAGGCUCCUGAGACUAGCUGUUCCCUGUCAGCCUGCAGGGUACAAGAUAAGUGCUAUGAGAUGGAGCAGACAGCAACUCGGAGACCCGCAGAUUCACCAAGAAGACAGAAGGGAAGGGGAUUUCCUUCUCUGCCUCAUUGGGAAGAGCACUGACCAGAAAUCGAACCCAGACCCCUAAAUGCCAUUCUGGUUUCUGGCUGUGCUUUCUCCCGUCUCCCACAAUAGCUUUUGCUUUCAGAGAAAUACCUUCUCCAAGUCAGGCCCUCUGCCCUUCUCACUCACAAAACCCUGGUGUUGCAUCUGGUGACACUUCUCCCCCUACGAAGCGGUAGGACUCACCUGGAAGUUGUUCUGGUCUUUCCCUCUCAACAGAAGGUCCUGAAAUCGCUCACCAGGCGUUUCUUAAGGUCUGCACUACUCAGCCAGGAACCUCAAAAUCUUCUCUGUGAAUUCAUCUUUCUCAAUAAACAGACACUCCUGCUAGCCCUGUCUU